UGCACAUGGUUUCUGUCUGAGGAUUUUUACUUUCCUCAAGGCUCUGGAGGGCAGAGGGAGGAUGUCAACGAGCUAGAGGAAAACCCACAAUACAGAGAAACAGAGAAUUAGGAAAUAGCCGUCCGCACUUACAAACCUGAAGAUGCACACCCAGAAAAUGUACUGACACUGAGAAAUCAAACAAUUUGAAGUCUAGCUGCAGAGGUGCAUGGUAAACCCAUAUGGGCCGGUACUAACAACAGUUGAAUCCUGCAUUGAUGAGUGACUCUGGUUGAGGUGUUGCUUUUUCAUCACUUUUAGCCUGGGUGGAAAUAAGACGUUUUGGGACUUAAACAUUCAGCUUCUUUGGACAUCUGGAGACGCUGUCAGCUGGAAAAUGUUACAUGAGUGAGUGUACUAACACAUUUGAGGCACGUUUACACCACUUAUUCUAUUCCUAGACACGUGCUCUGUGGGGAAGAAAACAUAUUCUGUGAACAGGACAGCAGCAUCACCAUCAUCAUCAACAACAUCAUCACCAUCAUCAUCAUCAGCAGCAUUGUCUCAACUGGUUUAAAUACAGGAUUCUUUCAGGAGGAACCAUGAAAGAACACUAUGGUGGAUACGAGAACCAGCUAUUUAAAGAGGAGGAUCUUACUGGCGAGGAGGAGGAAAUGCCUUCAUUUAGAGGUCGUACCAGAGGAGGCUGUGUGAAGUGCCAGCAGACUCAUUCUCUCCAGCUGGCUGUCAAAGUCCUCUAUGGAUUUUUUGCGUUCCUCAUCAUUACUGUGGCAGUGCUGGCAUCGCUCGUGUUCAGGAGGGUGGACAGCCUGUCUGAGGAGGAGGCCUUCUACCACAAGAAGAUCGCCAAAGUCCAGCAGGGAAUAGAAGAUCUGAGUUCGACCUCUAACUGCUCAGGCUGUCUGGAUGUGACUCUGUACAGCGAGGAAAUCAGCAACCUGAAGAGAGAGUUUGAGGACAUCCAGAAAAUGAUACUGAAGCAGGAGCAGGUUGUGCACCAGGCCUCCACAAGUCAAGACACCCUGAGGGCCGCCAGCAGCCGGCUGACACGCGACAUGCAAAACCACACCAUGUCAAUCAAACUUCUCAACCAGUCGCUGGAGAGAUACGUGGACCAGGUGGAGGGCUGGAAGGAGGUGAUCGAGGAAACAGACGAGAGAAUGAAGACUCUGUCGCAGGAUCAGUAUGACCUCAAAGCUACGGUGCAGCAGGUGAACACGACUGUGGCGCUCAGUACCAUGUGGAUCGACGCCCUGCAGAGGAAAGCGGAUGAGGAGACUCUGGUCCUCCAGAAGUUGACCACUGAUUGGCAGAACUACAGCCGCGUCCUGAGCGUGCUCAAAUCCAACUCGAGCAGCACCACGCAAACCGUGCGCAGCAUCCAGAGCGGCAUCUCAGCAACGCACCAGAGAAUCAGCAUGUCCUCCGAGAUGGUCCACGACCUCACCCUCCAGGUGAUGAACCUGCAGAUGCAGCUAGACAAUGUGACCUCCUUCAUGGAUGAACAUGAGGAGAACAUGCAUGACCUUCACUACCAUUCCAGGUACUAUGAGAACCGUACAGGCGAGCGUUUCUCUACUCUAGAUGGCCGUCUGAACUCCAUUGAGAUGGAGAUUGACACAAUCUCCUCCAGCAUCAAUGCCACGGUCAGCCACGUCCAGAGCAUGUACAAGUACAUCAACAUCGAAAGCUCGUCCUGCCAGAGCCGCCUGGGGAGCCACACAGAGGACCUACAGAACUUGAACAAUACAGUGUUGCUGCUUCUCCACUUAGCUGACACACUGAGGCAGCAGUACAUGUUGCUGAGUGUCCGUUUGGAUUUGGAUAUCAGCAACCUAUCCAUGGUGAUGGAGGAAAUGAAACUGGUGGAUGUACACCAUACCCAGCUCAUAAAGAACUUUACCAUACUAAAAGGAGCUCCUGGACCACCUGGGCCCAAAGGUAAUCGAGGUGAGAGUGGCACCAAAGGGCCCAUGGGUCUGACUGGGAGCAAAGGUGAUAGGGGUCCUAUUGGAGUCCGCGGGGUGCAGGGAGAGAAGGGCUUUUCUGGGCCCAAAGGAGCACAGGGUGAGCCAGGAUCCAAUGGUGCAAAAGGUCUCCCAGGGUUGAAAGGAGCCAAAGGGUCGCUUGGUCUGCAAGGUCAACGUGGUGAGAGGGGCCAGAAGGGUGACAUGGGCCCCAUUGGUAAAGACGGGAUGCCAGGACCUAAGGGGCCUCCAGGGAUCCAGGGCCCGGCGGGGCUACCAGGCAUCCAUGGUGUGCCAGGACCAAGGGGAAAGCCAGGGCCAGUAGGGCCACCUGGGCCACCAGGAACCCCUGGACCUCCAGGUCUGCCAUACCACCCUGACCAAACCGACAUACAGCAACAAGCCCGAACGCAGACACCGGCUCCUGGCUCCAAGAGACAGUAAAAAGAUGGAGAUGGAGAUAUAAAGGAGGUGAAUCUAGACAAAUGCAAAAAAUGGUCAAAGAAAUGUGUUAAGAUGGUUGUUUUCUCAUGUAAAGAACUAAGAAAUUAUUGUUAGAUAUUAACCAAAGGAAUAUCAUCCAUGAUGACUGAUGCUGCAACAGCUGAUUACAAUGUUAAAAAAAUGACUGUACCCAUUUAUGUGGGACUGCACAAAGACAGUGAAGAACUCUACGACCAAUCACAGACUGAAUAAACACAGAACAGCCAUCAAACUUGGGACAGGUCAGGAGAAGACAAGCGCUCCCUUGAUGAAAUAACACGGCAACUUCCGGAGAGCCGGGAAGAAUGACUUGGAAAUAGAAGGAAGAACCUCUGCCAGUGAUUGUCAAUAUGACCUAGUUUUUCCUUUUUUUAUUUUUAAUCCAAGAACAACUGGGAGUCCCCAGGCCAAGAAUGGACGGGGUUUGAACAGAGCUUGGAGCUUGGUAUGGUGGCAUGUGGAGAAAUGCCACACAGAUGGAAUGGCCCUAAUUGAAUUCUUUUCUUACACCAUGAGAUUAAAGGAAUACUGUUGCUAAAGAAAAAAAGAACACCUAUUGCUGAAUUUGAGGCCUUUUAAGCAAUUGAAUGUACAGUAAGUGAGGAAUGUGUAUUUGGCUGUUGCCAACAUAAGGACUAAGAGCUAUUGCAGAUUUAGAAGUAGUGGUGUGUUGCCAUGUAGGCCAUCAGUCUUCUCCUAAGGGUUACAUUCCCAUGCACUAGAAUAUGGGCACAGGAAAUAACGUAUAUACUAAUUACCUUAUAUCCAAUUUGUCACAUGAAUUUCUGAUGGAUAGCACUUUAUAGGUUCUUUAAAGUGUAGCAAUGUCUGUUUUGUUAGUCUGUUUUCUAUCUUCAUUUCAAUGUGGCAUUUCAGAGCAGGCACUCUGAAUACUUUCUAGGAUCUAUAGGAUAAAUUAUAAUUAUCCUGUAAGCGUAAUUAUGUAAUUUGGUGGAAAUGCAAGCAUCCGUUUGGGAGUUAUGCCACUGUUGAUAAAUGGAUGAGUGGACGCACGCCGAGUCAUAGCCCCCCACCCCACCCUUCCUCAAAUUUCAGCGGGUGGAGGACUUUCAGAAGAAUGCUCCAGUGGGAUUUAUUUCACAGUGUAUUCGAUCUCUUGCUGUUGUUGGACAAAAAACAUAAUAUGCAAAAAGUAGGAACAAAGUAACCAAUGAUUUAUUUUCUUAUUGACACCCAUGUAUUUCUUAAAAUAAAUAAUGGGCUUUUAAGCGGUCCCAAGGACCCAAGUUCCAUGAAAUUCAUUCAACACAUAAAUUACCAUGUAAGCAUUUCAGCCAAGUAAAACACAGAAAAAUAACACAAUCGUAGUUGACAGAAUAGGAGUGUUUUUUUUUCCACAACAGCAAUGUUCAGUUUAGAACAUCAUGUUCUGUAAUUUUGAUCAGAAACAUGUUAUAGCAGAGUAUACACUCCCAAGGGGGUUUGAGUGUUAUGAUAAACUUAUAAUCAUUUUUCAUUAAAUAUCUCGGAACAAAAAAAUUAAAAAGGGAAACAAUUAAAAAAAAAGUCACUAUUUUUGUAAACCCGUGUGUUAUGAAAUGCGACUGGCUUGCAUAGAACUUCAAUAAAUGCUUUUAACAUUGUCA